UCUCAGCCGCAAGUUGGAUCCAUCUGGCAGCAGUACAAAUCUAGCACCACCCAGGGAGGGAGUGUUUGCUUCUCCGCUCACUUCUGGCAGUGAAGAGGAAUGCUGGACAUAGAGAGACAACAGGACGCUUGCCCAGAGCAUCACCACGCUGCUCCCCUGCCCCACACCUUGUGCCUCCUCUUUUUGGAACACACAGAUGUCAGAAACUGAGCUGGAAAAGAUAAAAGUAAGAACAGCUGAGCAUUUUGAAAAUGAUAAAAAUAACAUUUCUUGGUUAAAGGAAGAUACGCAACUCACAAAUGAAAAGCAUGCAGACGAGAAACCUAUUAAUGCUAUCGUUAUAAAUUCAGUAUCUGAAUUCAAUAUCACAGAUGGACCAGCCAAGGAAACCCCCAGUGAGAAAAAACUGUCAGAAUCCAGCACAUCACUGUCCUCCCUUGAAGAAUGCCAAACGAAAUUUUCCUACCUCCAAACUGAUACUUCAGUUCAUCAGAGAGACGCUGAUGAUGAAUGUGCCUCCCUUAUCCUCACCUGUCUGUUUUGCCAGUUUUGGGACUGUCUCCUGAUGCUUCCCGACAUAUGUGAAACGGUAUGCACCAACGUGUGCUGCCCUUCCUACAGAUACCACCACACCGCAGAUGAAGGCCACUCCCGCAAUGAAUGUAAUUGCAACUGUGACAUGGACUGCAGCCUUUUUGAAUCUUGCCACGAAACCAGCGAGUGUCUGGAGCUGGCCAUGGAGAUUUCAGAAAUCUGUUACCGCUAGCUUAAGGAAACCGCCACUUUCCUGGAGAAACUUCGGUACCACAGGAACAUCCCAUUACAAUAAGAGUGUGAUUUCGGUGUGCUGAAAUGUAAGGACUGCACAUUUCUUGGAUGCCAUAGAUCAUUUUAUUCUGCACCUGUUUGGGAAAGCUAAGUAUUGUCAACUCAAUGGUCUUAUUCCAAAUUUCACCACCGCAUGGCUCGCUGCAAAACACGAUCUUGAUCGCAUACCUAAAUGCUCUAGGUACAGGAUGUUUCUUGACUAUAAAAUAGCAUGUGAAACCACUCUGUAUUAUUGCACUCAUGGUUUGCAUCAUGGAUUCAACUUCAUUCACAAAUUCAGGACAAAUUAGUGCAUUCUUUUAGAAAUGACAUAUAUUAGCUCGUCUUUCCAAUGGACUCAUGCAUAAACAUUAUGCAUUGUUGGUUAUUAUUAAUAAUGUAUUG